AUGGCGGCGUCCGGCUCCCCGGGGCCACCUCCGAGUCCGUGCCCGGAGGAAGCCCGCCGAGCUCAGCCGCCACCAGCCCCUCGCAGUGGGAAAGGGGAAAAUGAACUUACCUCCGAACGGUCCCGUCGACGGAGGCUGAGGGCGGGGGGUCCCGGGGGGCCGAGCAGGUCCCGGCGCAGCGGCGGCGGCUACCGCAGUGCCCUCCGCCCCAUUGUUUCCCUUCCGAGAGGAUCCCGGCAAAGCCGAGCCCGGGAACCAGGAAGUUCCCCGGCGCGACACCUCCUGCCGCCGCUAUGGAAACGGCCCCCCGCCUCCCAGAGCGGCUUGCCCGGGACCCCGCCUCCGAGCCGCCGGCCCCGCCCGCCUCACGGGCCGCCGCCAACCGUCGCCGCUGCGGCCGCAGCCGCCGCCAUCUUGGCGCGGCCCGGGCGGCCCCUUCCCGGCGGCACGUGCGCGCCGCUCCCGCGUGUUCCCGCCGGCCGCGGGGGCGCGCUGCCAGGGCCGCAGGGUGCUGGCGCCGCUCCCCGGGAAGCGCGGCCAGGAGCAGCCCCCGGGACCCCGAGGGAGGGAGGGAGAGAGAGAGGGCCCAGGGGGGACUGGAGAGCUAGGACCUGGAGCGGGGCUUCGAGUAAUUGCACGAAAACGACAGGCUUCAGCUGGUGUCCACUGGCAGGUCGAGGAAUGGCUGAGACCAGGGGUGAGGUCAGCAGAGCAGCGGCCGAGAGCCAUGGGCUCAGGAGCCAGAUUGCCUCGUGUUUCGUUUCUGGCUCUACAACCCACCAACUGUCAGAGCUUGGACACUUUAAUUUUCUGUAUGCCUCAGUUUCUUUAUCUGUAA